UCUCUCUCUCUCUGUGUCUCUUUCUGACACAGACUAUUUCUCUCACACUCACAAACACACAUAUUAACCUUUAGAUUGACAUGAUACCCUCCCUCUUCUUGCAACCAGUGGCCAGUUCCAUUUGUCUUUACUCUAUGUUUUUGCACAACUUGUUAUCAAAAUGCACUGCCUACAAAAUUAGUCGAGUAAGUCCAGACAGCAUCUAAAGACACAGACAAUAGACGGAAUCCUGUUUACUGUAAACACUGGCUUUAUAUUCCCAACCCUCACCUUAAUCUCUGAAUUGUGUGCUGGGUAAAUCUAUAAAGGAAUCUUCUGGGAAAAGCCUGUUAGUUUAGCAGACAGAUCUGAGGGUGGGAUUGGUAUGGACGGGAAAACUUGCUUGCUCAUUCUAUAUCAGCAGGAGUACAUGAGUCAGCGCUUGCUCUGUUACACCCAGAGUUGUUGCAACACACACUCUCACUCCCUCUAUCUCUCCCUCCCUCUCACAUACUCACAUACAGGCCAUAUGACUGAGUCAAGCUCAGUUUUUAGUUUGUAGCCGAGUUGCGAUAAGGCUUUCUGGGAAUCGUAGCCUGGUUGGACGACAUUCCAUUUAGAAUGUGUGUUCAGCAGCUGGGACUUUUUUUAAUACUCUAAAACACUUGGAUAUAUAACGUCAUCCUUGUAAGAUGUCCCUGAUGGCCACAUCUGCCCCCCGGUCGUCUGUGUUUACAUUUGAAUCUACAGUACAUUCCUCCCAUGUGCUGCGCUGCCUGGACGAGCAGCGUUGCCGGGACACGUUGUGUGAUGUUACUGUGGUGGUGGAAGGUCAGAGUUUCAGAGCCCACCGCUCAGUGCUCGCUUCCUGUAGCGAGUACUUUACACACAGGAUCGCCUCCCUCACCCAGCAUGGAGCGGUCAUCACUCUGCCACCAGAGGUGACAGUUGCUGGUUUUGAACCCUUGCUGAAGUUUGCCUACACAUCCAAACUUCUCUGUGGGAAAGACUGUGUCUUAGAAAUACGUAACUCAGCUUCCAUUCUUGGUUUCAGAGACCUAGACGAGGCAUGCUUUGAUUUUCUCCUCCCUAAGUUCUUCUCCAGCAGCAAUGGCUCUGCUCCUGUUCCGAGAAAGACCUGUUGUAAGAAGAAAUGCAAGAGGCGAUUAUCAAAGGAAGACAGUGGCAUUGACUCUAACAAUGUAUUGUUGGAUAAGAAAGAAGUAAAACCAGUUGCUGACUCACCAUCUCAGCAAGAACUGGCUUGGCACUGUCACAAAUCAGUGAACAGCAAAAUGGGAAGUCAGAACAGUACAGGCGCUCUUACACCUGUAGUUGAAGGAACAAACGACCAAUUUAUGCAGUGUCCUAAGUAUCGCAAGUUCCAGCUGGCUUGUGGGAAGGAAACUUGUGUCACAGAGAAAAGUCUCAACAAUCCAGUAACAGUAAUCAGGGAUGACAGUAACCUCUCCUGCUUGCCUUGCUCCAGCAGUGUGAACAGCAAGAAUGAAACUGACAUUACAUUCCCUGGAAAUUCAUCCUCAAAUUUCACCAGGCAGAGCAAAGGAGGGGCUGAUGAGCCAUGGGAAACUGAAAUACAUGACAAGAAAACAGAGAAUGGUGUGGACAGAGGGGAGGUUGAUAUGAUUGAGAAAGACACAAAUGAAAGGCAGAGAAAAUGGAAAAAGAAGGAAAGAGAGAUGGUUGUGGAGGAAGACAUGAGCUCUUCAGACAGAUCCAAUGUCAAGGCAGUCUCCUCACAGCCAAGCACCGUGCUUAGUGAGAGGUCAUCAGAGUUAAUAUUGCACCAGUGCCCCGUGAAGAUCUUUGGUGAGGGCCCUGCAAUCACUCAGUCACCGGGGCACAAGAGGUUUAUCAUAGACAUCACAGAAGGCAAGAAAACAAGGGACUGCUGUUUACUAGCGCCAGUAUCCAUUCAUCGAACAGCAGAGGAACAAGUAGAAGCUGAGAGGAAAAUGGCAGAUGAUGAGAUCGUACAGACAGGCAGCGUGGAGAGAGUAGCCUUGUUGGUAAAUGAUGGCAAUGAAAGGAGCACUGUGGAAAGGGAGGUGGCCGAGCAUCUGGCUAAGCGGUUGGGGUCUGACGUGGGCUUGUCUCAGCUGAACUUCCAGGACCCUGAUGCAGGAAGUUCCUCUGAUACAGGGAGCGGACGUGCACAGAGCAAAUCUUUAAAGUGGCUGCAGCUCCACAACCUCAGCUCCACAAGCACCAGCUGUCCCUUUUUCCAGGAUAUGGAUCAAAGCAAAUGUUUAUGGAAAGGAGCAGAGCUGUCUGAGUGCGAGGGGGCAUCUCAGUCCGGUGUGUCAUCCCUCAACUCAGGGGAGGAUGGAGACUCAGAGACAGAAACAGAAGGAGACAGUGAGACCUACACAAGAGAAAGGGCCAGACAGGUGCAGUUGCCAUUCUCUGUAGAUUGGAUUGUGGAUCUGAGCAGAAAUGACUUCCAACAGCUGCUAAAGCAACAGGUCUUUACGCAUGAACAGCUUGAGUUUGUCCACGAUAUGAGACGUCGCAGCAAAAACCGCCUCGCGGCCCAGCGUUGCCGGAAGAGGAAACUAGACUGCAUAUAUAAUCUGCAGUGUGAAAUCAAUAAGCUGAAGACGGAGAGAGAGAAACUGAUGACGGAGAAGAACCAUCUGAACCAGCUGAAGUUGAAAACAUGUCACAGUGUCUCUGCAUUAUGCCAGAGGGUCUGCAACGAAGCCAACCUGCAGCCAGAACAGCUCCAGGUUUUAGCCAAAUACACCUCUGCAGACUGCCCUCUGUCCUCCUUCUUUCCUCACAUAGACACACUCCUUUCACAGCCUGGGUUGACACUCCAGCCGCAAGCUUUACUCUCGGCCUGUUUUGUGGGCCUUGAUAAGUAUGUGGCGUCUGAGGAGGCCUCGUCCAGCUCCAGAAGGGAUUCAGUCACAGGAGAUGGUGAACAUUCGCUUUAGAUACCCAUUCAGCACACAUACAUGCAGCACAUGAUCUCAAACUAGUUAUUAAAUGGUUCCCACACUGUAUCAUACAGUAUCUGAAGACAUUACCCCGGACUAUGGACUGAGUACAGGCUGUAUAAUAAAGCAGCGCCAUACUCGUGAUCCAUUUAUAAUGUAAUGUAAUCAGCACACAUUUUAAUUGAUUCCUGCUACCUUUUCAAUUUAAAACAUUAAACUUAAAUUGAGAGGUCAGGUAUGCAUUCCAGGUGUCUAAAACCAUUAAUUUGACUUUUACACCAAGUAUAAGUCUCUGAUGACCUUCUGUAGCGAAUGUUUCACGCUUUGCAAAUUAAUUAUUAGUCUUUGCUUUCUGGUUAAAGCUGAAAGGUACCUGCUUAUAAAUCACCGCAGCCAGUCAGGGUGCAUGUUGAGAAUGUUAAAAUGUUAGCACUGAGACAAUCAAAACUUAAAUCAUAUAUCAAAGGGACCAAUGGUCUCUAUAUUUAUAAUAUGCUAUAAUAAUAAUAAUAAUAACUGAUUGAUUACCUCAGGACAACACACUUCAUCCUCAUGUACUUUAAUUGUUUAAAAGGACAAUUCAGCAUAAAAUACCUCUUGCAGACAGUGUUGGUUCUGCCCUCUUUAUGCAGAGUGCAACGCAAAUCAGCAUUUUGCACCAAAACCAGACAACUCAGAACAAUAGACUUGAUGUUUACCUUCUGGUCAUAUGUCUAGCUAUCAUAUUUCAGGCUGUCAUUGUGGUUGUCUGACCACAGUGACAGGGCUCUACGAGUUUGCACACAGCUCUCAGAGCUUUGCUUUGACUCACCAAACAGACCUCACAAAUUUGCCUAAAUAAGUUAAACGUGCUGUCAAAAGAAAGUGCUCCUCGGAAGAGCUUUCAUGCAUGAACAAAGUACACUUUCAGGAGAAAAUCUGCCUCACUCUGUGUAAUGAAAAUCAUUCCCAUUAUUUGUCACACAUUAUGUUUCUGUCCUGUACUGUGGCAGGUAAUGGACUCUUCUAAUAUAUUAAAGUGAAAAACAAAGACAACGUUUUGACCCUGCUGGGUCUUCUUCAGGGCCAGCAGAAGACCCAGCAGGGUCGAAACGUUGCCUUUGUAUUAAAUAUGGGAGCAGUGUUACAUUACAUUUUUUUCGCUUUAGUAUUUUUCAUUUGUCCUGCACCUGCCAGAAGGUGGGAUGUGCACACGAUUACUUUUAUAAUCUUCUAAUAUAUGUCAUGGAAAUAUGGUGUUACCGAUAAAUUAAUUAUCUUUAACACCCUUAUCUAAAUUACUGUCAAUGGUCAAGUAAACAAAGUAGCAAUAACUUGUUGAUGCGUGCUGGACAAGCAUAUUUAUGUGUGUAUUUUGUGUUUCCUGUACUAUCAACCACACAAUUAUUGUUAUUUGUUUUGUGCCAUUCAUUACUCCAUUUUCUGUAGCUUUUCUGUUGACUUUCACCUAUAAAUCUUUCACCUAUUUUCUCUCUGCUUAUAGAUCUUUGACACUCAUGAUUAAGUUUCACUGUAUUACAUGUGCAUAUAUUUAUGGAUUCCUUUUCACUCAUGAUAAUCAUUACAGUGCAGCUGGUUUUAGAACUAUUUGUGUAAAAUAUGAAAUAAUACAGUAAAUACAAAACAAAUCAGGUAGCCUAUACAUUUAUUAUGAGGAAAUGCUGAGUAACCACAUUGUAUUUUUGAGGACAGUGGGGUUUAAGGGUGUUACGAAAUGUGUUUUUUUCGCCCACCAAGCUGACUCCAAACACUGGUGCUUAUUGCCCUCUAGUGGCAGUGCCUGUACAGUCAAUACACUGAGAGAUGUAUACUGUAUACUGUACAUGUGUACUACAUUAGCCUAUAUGAUGCACAAAUUGCUCUACUACUGUAUUCCUUUGUUUUUAAUCCACAAAAUGACAAUUUUCUACGACAAUGUCUGAAUGGAUUCCUGCAUUUUUAAGUAAAAGUGAAACUGAACCAAUCAAUAUUAAACAGUAAAAUAUGUUUUUUAUCAUCCCCCACUUGUGAAGAUGAUUGCUAAUGCAAUGCAGUGUUAUUGAAAAACAUUAGUAAGGUUAAUGAGAUCUGUCAUAAAUAAAAUCUGUCAGUGUUCAGUGUGAGCGAUGAAUAGCUGAGCUCAUAAGGGCUUCAGAGGACUCAUCUUUCAACCUGGACAGAUAUAUUAAUGAUGUAAUACUGCACUUCGUCUUACAUCUUUCUCCCUCCUGAAUCUCAGUCACUCUCUCCCACUUAGUCUCCUCUCUGUUACUUUUAAGUUUUGCUUUCUUUUCACUCUUUCUUCACUCCUCUCUCCCUCUGACUCUCUCCCUGGAGGCUAUUUUAAUUAUACAGAGACUGUUAUUUCAUCUCUCAAUUUUCUUUUAUGUGAGCAAACAUUACAUACUAGUCCCCAGAUGAUUACGUAACUAUACUAAGAUCUGUAAAUCACAGUAUUGUUGGUCAUUCUCACUGGCUAUUUAUGAACUUAUAAUGAAGAGAGAAUUGAAGGAAGACCCAUGGAGGCAAAGGUAAAGCAGGUUAACUUGGCCUAAUAGAUUCUGGCAGCAGGGAGUGGGAACUGAGAGUCACUGAGGUCCCAGGGCUUUAAAAAGGAGAAAGACACUUUUGGGAAAGCAUGUGUUCACACGCUGUGAUUAAGUUUUAAAUCCAGUCAUUCUGGUUCAGUGUUUAUCUUUGUGGUUUUUCUGUAGAAAUUAGACAGCUUGGAAAAUACACUAUAUGAAUCAUUAAUAUGUUAGGCCAUACAAGUUCAGUUAGCAUCAUUUUAAAAUAAAGGUGAGCUUAGCAAAUGAAUACUAAUAGAAAUGAAAAAGGGUGGGUUGUUUCCAAUCAAUCAGCAUCUACAACUAAGUUGCCCUAAAAUGAAUAACAGGCCUGCGGUGUCACUAAUGUGACAACAGAUGGCACCACAUGAGCAAUUUUUGAUGGUGAAGACACUGGAUAAGAUCAGAUCAUAUAUCUUGUCUAUCAUCUUGAGUUCUUGUCGCUGGAUUACGUAACUUGUCAAACGACUCUGUUGGCCUUCAUGUGAUUAAGCUGGCUGAAUGUGUUCUGAUAUAAUAGAGAGUUAGUUAUAAUAUGUUUGAAUUCUGUCUGGAAAAUAUUUCAAAGCUAGACGAAUGUGACCUGUUUAAUGUGUUUGCUUCUGUUUACCUGCACCUUUGAUGGGCUGGCUGUAACCUUUUGUUGCUGCAAUCUUUAAGUAUUGCUUUUCUCCCAUCUCAUUUUCUUCUCUUGCUACCUGCUUCUCCACGUCUCUCUCUCUCUCUGUCUCUUGUGUUCUCUGAGCGAGUAUGUGGGUGUUUUCUGUAGGUGGUUCUCUGGCAGAGCUGAGCACUAAAGAGAACACAAUAUGUUGGGCUCGUAAUCUAAGUAAUGAAUAGUUAGAUUUGUGCCAGCUGUUGUCAUAGGAAGAGUUAACUGACCAAAACUUGGAGAAUAUUGUUCCAAGUGUUUUAAUUACAUCUUUUGAAAUGUAAUUAAAAUCCUAAAACAAUGACACCCACUACACCACAAGUGAGCUUGUUUCUUAAACCAUGUGCUAUAUUCAAGUCAAGAGUUAUUUAUGUAAUUAAGAUGAAUGCAGAUGACAAAAUCCUUUCAAAGUGGUUAUAAAGUGGUUUUGGAUCAGUUGA